GAAGAGCAACCGAGAGUGUUAUUAUUGGUGUCUGGAAUUGAAUUUGCCAGGAAUGCCAGCACAGCUUCCCCAGUAAAGAUCUUGCCUUUGGAAACAUCUUACCCCUUGGCAGCUCUCCAGAGUUCAGACUUGGCAGCAUCAAGGACACAUCGCAAACAGGCAUUUUGGAGAUCAAAGAUGGGUAGAAAAGAUGCCUCCACUAUAAAACUUCCUGUUGAUCAGUACAGAAAGCAAAUUGGUAAACAGGAUUAUAAAAAAACCAAACCUAUUUUACGAGCAACCAAAUUAAAAGCAGAAGCAAAGAAAACAGCAAUAGGCAUAAAGGAAGUUGGCCUUGUUCUUGCAGCUAUAUUGGCCCUCCUACUGGCUUUCUAUGCUCUCUUUUAUCUAAGACUGUCUGCAGACAUUGACCCUGAUCUGGAACCAGAUGAAGAUUAGCUGAGCAGCUCUUAAAUGCAUGAAAGAAAAAUAAUUUUAUAAAAGCAUCUCUGGGGACCAUUACUUUCUGAAAAACUGAAACUGGAACAUCUUAAGUUCUUCUUACUCGUAUUUUCAAUUUGCAGAAAUAUCUUUUUAAAUAGGUGAAUAGGAUAUCAAGAGAAGAACAUUACAUAGCAAUAUAGUAUAACGUGUGCUACUGGAUACUUUCAUAAAUCUUUCUACUUUGUCAGGCAACCUAUUCAUGGUGCAUUUAGAUAAAAUGGAAAACAGAUCCUAAAUUCUUCAGAUGUCUUAGCCAAUUUAUGUGUAUAAGUCCAUCACUACAGAUUACUAAAUCUAUUUUUGUUCCAUAUACAUCAUUAAGUAUAAGUAUAUAUCCUCAUUUACAGAAACAUUCUCAAAUCACAUUCAGGACCAAGAAGGAAUGAAAAGUCAUGGGAAAUUUUUCAUUUUACAAAGAAGCCUGCUUUCUUUCCAGACGUAUUUUAUAUUGCUGAGAAACUAUCUGCACAUACCUCUACAGUAAUGUUUUUCCUUCUUUGCCAACUGUUCAGUGCACAUGUGCUCCAUCAGAAAUGGCACCUGGAUGACAGAAGCUCAGAGAGUCACAUAUGUCUCUAAAAUAGAGUUCCUUUCCUCUUGGGCUGUCUGAACUGGUGUAAAUAGAAAGUUCAGUUGAUCUUGAUUUUAAUUAACUUAUUACUCAAUUAAUAUAAACUUGGAAUUCUAUUUUAAUUAUGUUUCUGGCUGCUUGCAGUAUCAGUUUUCUCCUCUUGUUAGGGAGAUAAUGUGAAAAUCUGCCAUUUCAUUGUGCAGUCUUUUCCACACAACAGUAAAUCCUACCUACUCAGAAUAAUUAUCAUGGGUUGUCUUAAAUCUGAACAAUACAAAGUUGUUGUACAAAAUCACAUUUUGUCUCCUGAGAGUUAAAAAAUUAGUUUCCAUGAAAAAUAAAUAAUAGAAGAAAAUAUAUGAAAUUUCACACACUUAUGCUGUUUUUCUGUUUAUAGAAUUUUUCAAGGUAGCUUGCAUUUGUUGAAGUAUAAUGACCAAUGUAUUCAAUAUUUGUACUAGUAGGGGAAAUUUUUUAUAUUUUUAGAACUCAUGAAUACAUAAGGCUUAUAAAAUGGUAAAAUAUGUGUUCAUAUCAGUUGUUAGCUACUACCUUAUAUAAAGAUAUAUAAAAAAAUGAAUAGUUUGAAAUGUGCACAAAGUGUUUUACAGUUUAUACAUUGUAUUUGUGAGAACUAAAUAAAAUGUUAAGAUUGUUUACAUACUUGCCAAAAGAAGAAAGCUUUGAUAAAUACCCUAGAUAUUCUUUGAGACUUUUGCAAAUAGCUGAAUAUGACUAUGUAGUACUAUGUUCUAUAGAAUUUUUUCAAGUAGCAUAAUUUCUUUCAUCAUUGUGAAAACAGCGAAAAGUUCCAAUACCCUCACAGAUUAUUUAUGCCAAACAUCUGAGGGCAAAAUUUAGCCAAUGUUAUUUACUGGAUUCUUCCCCUUGAAAUCAUAAAUUCAAGAGACAGACCAAGAGUUCUUAUCACUCACCACAGCAGACCAAUCCAAGUGGCAUUUUUAGGAAAGGUUGCAGCAUUUAAUGCCAUGUGGUAUGUCUGUUCGUGAAGUGGGUGGCAAGGGAAUAUCCAAGCUGGCAUUUUGGAUAUGAUGGGCCUUUUACUUUCCUGAGUGACAUGCCACAUGUCAAGAAAUACUGCUUUCCCCCACUCCUAUCACAUUUACGUGAACAAUUUCAUUUAGUUAUUUCCCCUCCCAUAUGGUGUUAAAACAGUCACAUUAAAUAAAGAUUAUUUCUAAUUUCAGUGGUAAUUUAAAUGAAAAGAUGUGUAAUAAUUGUAGAUACCUAUUUGAGAUAUAACUGAAUUUACAGUAUUUAAAAUAGGUCAUUAUACUCCUGGAUAUGUUUGAAAAUUCAUUACCUUUAAAAAACUUUACUAUCCUGUUCUAUUAUUGAAGUAUUCUUUUGGGGGAAAAUGUUCCUGGCAAUAAUAAAUAAUAGUCUAAACAUAGUGUAAUUAUAGGCAAGUCUUAUUACCUAGUUUUAUUGACACCCUGAGUCUGUGGCUAGUCCAUUUGUAUGACCGACUCACUAGCAACAGAGAACCAGAAGUCCCAAAGGCUAAACUCUGGUUUUAAUAAAUAUCAGGCCAAGUAAGACAAUAUGUGUUUACAUAACACUGUUUUUAUGAAAUGCAAAUUUUUUGAACCCACAUUAACUGAGAAGAGGCCAAUCCUCUAUAGAGGAAUCCCAGAUUGUAGUCUGGUUUGAAUCUUUGAAGACAGGUGAUAACUGGCCUACAGGUUCAGGGGACUACAGUUUAGAAUAGUGAAUGGUGUUUAGCAUAAAUCUGAGACUGGCACCAGACACAAAUCUUAUGUGUGGGUUUUUCCCCUCCAAUAAUUCACUGCUUGGAGUAAUUCAGAAGUCAAAAACAGAAAAAUUAUAAUGACUUUUCAGAAUGUUAGAAUCUAUUUGUUAACACACUCUGCAGAAUAAACCAACUAAUGCAGCCGACUUAAUAUAUAGCCUAUGGAAUACUGCACAUGAAGCUUGAGGAGUGGCUGGUUCUUAUUUUGCAUGCAAAAUAAAGAAUAUAUAAAUUUAUUAGAGAGAUGUUGUAAAAAUAUAAUCUCAUCUAGAAUUUAUUUUAAAACAAAUAAAAAGCCUAUCGCAGUAAGGGUUUGUUGUUUUAAGGUGGCAAAUAUGUGAAGAUUUUCUAUCUUUUCAAUUUUUCACGAAGAUGGUGGAAACACUUCCACCCCAAUGACUGCAAGAUCCUGAGAAUAUGUUCUUAUUCUUUUUGUAAUUCCAAUAGAGUAAUGAUCUGCACAUAUUUAAUAAAUGCAUGUGAAAAUUUGA